CCACCGUCAUCAUCUGUACACACGGCGGCGACAGGAGCUCCUGAAUCGGCAGGGACGGUGUCUCCCACCGCUAUUCUCUCCGUCUCCCCCUCUCCCUGUGUUUGUGCGCGAAGAAAAGAGCCUGACAGGGAUCAGAAAAACAUCCGCGGAUUUCCCCCCUCGCGAAAGAAACUCUGGAAACUCCGAUGGAUUAAAUCUGAUUUAUCUGCGACAGUCGAGAAUGGGCUGUGUCCAAUGCAAGGAUAAAGAAGCAGCAAAACUCACUGAUGACCGGGAGACCAACCUUUCGCACAACACGGGCUACCGCUAUGGGUCCGACCCCACGCCGCAGCACUACCCCAGCUUCGGGGUCACGACCAUCCCCAACUACAACAACUUCCACAGCGCGACGCCGCAGGCAGUGACCGUUUUCGGAGGAGUUCACACGUCCUCGCAGUCGGGCACGCUUCGUUCUCGGGGAGGAACAGGGGUGACUCUGUUUGUGGCUCUUUACGACUACGAAGCCCGGACCGAGGAUGACCUCAGCUUCAGAAAGGGGGAGCGGUUCCAGAUCCUCAACAGCACUGAGGGAGACUGGUGGGAGGCUCGUUCGCUAACGACAGGUGGAACUGGGUACAUUCCCAGUAAUUACGUCGCUCCUGUGGACUCGAUCCAAGCUGAAGACUGGUAUUUUGGUAAAUUGGGUCGAAAGGACGCCGAGAGGCAACUGCUCUCCAACGGCAACGCCAGGGGCACUUUCCUCAUCCGUGAGAGUGAAACAACCAAAGGGGCCUACUCUCUCUCCAUCCAGGACUGGGACGACAUUAAAGGAGAUCAUGUCAAACACUAUAAGAUUCGCAAACUGGAUAAUGGCGGCUACUACAUCACCACCAGAGCCCAGUUUGAGACACUCCAGCAGCUGGUUCAGCACUACUCUGCCAGGGCUGCAGGGCUGUGCUGCCGACUGAUCGUGCCGUGCCACAAAGGCAUGCCUCGUCUGACUGACCUAUCCGUCAAAACCAAAGACGUGUGGGAGAUCCCGCGAGAGUCGCUGCAGCUCAUUAAACGCCUCGGCAAUGGCCAGUUUGGAGAAGUCUGGAUGGGCACAUGGAACGGCACCACCAAAGUGGCCGUGAAGACCCUGAAGCCCGGCACCAUGUCACCGGAGUCCUUCCUGGAGGAAGCCCAGAUAAUGAAGAAGCUCCGACAUGAUAAGCUGGUGCAGCUCUACGCCGUGGUGUCCGAAGAACCCAUCUACAUCGUCACUGAGUACAUGAGCAAAGGGAGUUUACUUGAUUUCCUAAAGGAUGGAGAAGGACGAAGCCUCAAACUGCCAAAUCUAGUGGACAUGGCAGCUCAGGUGGCAGCGGGCAUGGCGUACAUCGAGAGGAUGAACUACAUACACAGAGACCUGCGUUCUGCCAACAUCCUAGUCGGAGACAGCCUGGUGUGCAAGAUUGCUGACUUUGGUCUGGCCCGGCUCAUCGAGGACAAUGAAUACACAGCGAGACAAGGAGUCGCAGCAAUAAAACAAUCUGAAUUUGUCUUAGGUGCAAAGUUCCCCAUAAAGUGGACGGCUCCCGAGGCUGCGCUCUACGGGAAGUUCACCAUCAAGUCCGACGUGUGGUCAUUCGGCAUCCUGCUGACGGAGCUGGUCACCAAGGGCAGAGUCCCCUACCCAGGCAUGAACAACCGUGAGGUGCUGGAGCAGGUGGAGCGAGGCUACCGGAUGCCGUGCCCGCAGGACUGCCCCUCGUCCCUGCACGAGCUGAUGGUGCAGUGCUGGAAGAAAGACCCGGAGGAGAGGCCCACUUUUGAGUACCUGCAAGCCUUUUUGGAGGACUACUUCACUGCCACCGAGCCUCAGUACCAGCCAGGGGAUAACCUCUGAGCAGCGCCGCCCCCUCCCGACAUAGCAUUUCCCAAGCUUUCCACCAGAGGGAGCCAGACACCUCUCAUUCUCUCUCUCAUACUGUGGCUGUAAAGGUCUAAAAAGCUAUCGACUGACUUCUUGACUUCCAGGCUUCACGCAAACGGGAACGAAGAGUUGAGACAGCAAACUGACUAUCAAAUCGAAGGAGGUUUGGGAACGGGGUUAGAAAAUGACUGCCAUGGCUGAAUGACAUGAGUUGUGUUGUGUAACUUGUAUGUAUUGUAAAUAUGAAUUGCUUGUUUACUUAUGUUUUUAGUUUCAUUUUAUAUUACUUUUGAUAAUUUGGAAACGUGUGGAUUUCGGUUAAAGUUUGUUUCGGGUUUACGGCUCGCAGAGGAACGCGUGAGGCUCACGGACGGAGUUACAAAUCUUGACAUAAUAAUCUGAAUGGUCGUAGGUAGGUAGAGUACGGUGUGGACGGAGGUGAAUUUUUUUCUGGGAGUCCACCGGCCUUUUUUACAAGGUUAAUAUAAAGAUACUUCUCAAGGAACUUAGUUGUACUAUAACACCUGUUCUUGCCUUUUCAUGUUUAGUAAUAUUCUUAUAAUGUAAGGGAAUGCCUUCAUGCUUUAUGUACACUAACUUAGUGCAUCAUGGACUCUUCCACCCAAACCCAAGCUGCACUGAUAUUAAGUGCAUUCAUCGCAUUUCAGCUUUCGGCCAAUGAUUUUUAGAUCAGCUUAAAGUAACUUUUAGUUGGGCUUUACGUAGUUGAAAAACUCCAACAUUGUUCAGCUGACUGCUUAGUAUACUGAUGAUAUUUUAAAAAUGUAUGUUGCAUAAAUGUAUGGCAGCAGGCUCGUCUUUUUGCUUCAGCGGCCCGACAAACAAACAAACUGCCACUUACAAGAUGGGAAUGAAGGAUAUGUGUCUGUGUUUGUCCCUCCAUAACGUGUAUUUGGAAAUAACAUGUCGUUUUACGAGACCAAAUGUCUUUUCAUUUUAUUGUUUCAUUUCGGUUUUCUGCCGUUCCAACGCGUUGCUUCAUGAAUAAGUGGUUUUUAGUUUUCACUUUUAUUUUAGCGUUUCAUCAUCCUCGUCACAAAUGUGUCUCUCCGGGUGAGAUGGUGUAACCACGAACAGUGCACCUUUUCUCUGUUUUUUCUUUCAGUCGGAGGCAAGUCGGGCAGAAACUUUGAUUUUUUUUCAUGUUUUUAAUUUUAAUUCAGUAGAUACACAGAACGUUUUUGGUCUCUGCAUUAUUUAUUGUCUCUGUCUGUUACUCAGCUGGUUUUGAAAUAAACAAUCUUGCCAUUA